CAGGCUGUGUGGCGUCGAGUGACGACGGCGGCGUCGGCACUGCGACCCCGGCCCGAGUCAGAUCCCGGGUCGCCUCCCUGGCCGCCCCCCGGGCCCUGCGUCCCCUUCCCCGCCGACGGGACCCGGACUGAAAAUGGUGCAGAAGAAAGCCGCCGAACUUAAGGGCUUCCACCGUUCGUUCAAGGGGCAGAAUCCAUUCGAGCUGGCCUUCUCCCUAGACCUGGCCCAGCACAGGGACGCUGACUUCAGCCCACAGUGCGAGGCCCGCCCUGACAUGCCCACCAGCCAGCCCAUUGACAUCCCGGAUGCCAAGAAGAGGGCCCGGAAGAAGAAACGCUGUCGUGCCACUGACAGUUUCUCGGGCAGAUUCGAAGAUGUCUACCAGCUGCAGGAGGAUGUGCUAGGGGAAGGGGCUCAUGCCCGUGUGCAGACCUGCGUCAACCUCCUCACCAGCCAUGAGUAUGCUGUUAAGAUCAUUGAGAAACAGACGGGGCACAUUCGCAGCAGGGUGUUCCGGGAGGUGGAGACGCUGUACCAGUGCCAGGGACACAGGAAUGUACUAGAACUGAUUGAGUUUUUCGAGGAAGAGGACCGCUUCUACCUGGUCUUUGAAAAGAUGCGUGGAGGAUCCAUCCUGAGCCACAUCCACAGAAGGCGGCACUUUAACGAGCUGGAGGCCAGCAUGGUGGUGCAGGAUGUGGCCAGUGCUCUGGACUUCCUACACAAUAAAGGCAUUGCCCACAGGGACCUAAAGCCGGAGAACAUCCUGUGUGAGCACCCCAACCAGGUGUCGCCCGUGAAGAUUUGCGAUUUCGACUUGGGCAGCGGCAUCAAACUCAAUGGCGACUGCUCCCCCAUCUCCACGCCGGAGCUGCUCACCCCGUGCGGCUCCGCGGAGUACAUGGCCCCGGAGGUGGUGGAGGCCUUCAGCGAGGAGGCCAGCAUCUACGACAAGCGCUGUGAUCUGUGGAGCCUGGGCGUGAUCCUGUACAUCCUGCUCAGCGGAUACCCGCCCUUCGUGGGCCACUGCGGCAGCGACUGUGGCUGGGACCGCGGCGAGGCCUGCCCAGCCUGCCAGAACAUGCUGUUCGAAAGCAUCCAGGAAGGCAAGUACGAGUUCCCGGACAAGGACUGGGCACACAUCUCCUUCGCCGCCAAAGACCUCAUCUCCAAGCUCCUGGUCCGGGACGCCAAGCAAAGGCUGAGUGCUGCUCAAGUUCUGCAGCACCCGUGGGUGCAGGGGUGUGCCCCGGAGAACACCUUGCCCACGCCCAUGGUUCUGCAGAGGAACAGCUGUGCCAAAGACCUCACGUCCUUUGCGGCUGAGGCCAUCGCCAUGAACCGGCAGCUGGCCCAGUGCGAGGAGGACGCAGCCGAGGAGGACGCAGGGCAGGGCCAGCCCGUGGUCAUCCGAGCUACCUCACGCUGCCUGCAGCUGUCCCCACCGUCCCAGUCCAAGCUGGCCCAGCGACGCCAGAGAGCAAGCCUGUCAGGUGCCCCUGUGGUCCUUGUGGGGGACCGCGCGUGACUCCCCAGCCUUCAGAAUACAGGCCUCCCCUUCCCUGCCGGCUUCCGGUGGGUCUUGCUGUUAGGGUUCUUUCCUUUUCUGCAGCCCUGCCUGUUUGUUUUGUGUUUGGUUUUCUUUCCUUUUACCUGUGUUCAACACCUCCGAGCAGGUGCCGGAGGAAGGCGGGGCGUGGGGGUGCCCUGGCUAGCUCACUUGCACUGUGAAGGCCCUGCACCACCUGCACCCCCACAACUGCUUCCAGUCACUGCCGUCUUCCAGUGCUGGGGUCCCACAGGAUCAGCACACCACAUCCCUUCCACCGAAGUGCACUGGUGGCUGGGGCUGAGAGCUCCCUGUUUUGGGGCAGGCACAUGGCCUGCAGGUGGCCCCCUAGGCCCAGCUUGCUCACCUGCUGUGUCCCUAGGAGAGUAGAGUGUUGAGUUCUCCUCCCGGACCUAAGUGUCCCCUUCUAGCAGGAGUUGGCCUCUGACCUUCACCUUAACUGCACUGACCUAGGGACAGGUGUGUCUCCAACUGGCUCCACCCAGGUGGGGACAGUGCUGGACAGGGCUUAGUAGCCAACAUGGGGUCCCCGACUGUCGUCUCCCCACCCUGGGCACAUGUGUGCCCCUUCUCAGGGCUCAGUCUGGCCCCAGCCAUGUCCACCCCAGGUUGACCCUGGAUCUGGCAUUUUCAAGUUGUCAACCCCCUCCCUCCUCUUCCCUGGAGCUGAGGUCAGACCCAGGUGUCCCCAACCUUUCCCCACUCUUAAGGGCAGCGAUGUGGGUAUGCCCACUUCAGGAAAAGGGCCGCAGCUGCCUCGGCCCCCCUUGGGACACCCAGGAGGGACUAGGGAGAGAGUGUUGGCUGACCUCCCUGGUGCCCUCCUCCCCCAAACUUCACUGGGGCCUGGUCAGCUCACCGCGGGCCUGGGGACCGCGAAUUACUAUGCAAUAGAGCUCCCGUUUCCUAUGUGCGCAGCCCUGCUGGUCGGGGACGGGGCCAAGGACCAGGCCGCCCUGCCCAGGUCCAGGUCUGCUCAGGUGUCUGCUGUGAGGACAGGCAGCCCCUGACCUCCAAAUCCAUGGUCGGGAUUGUUCCUAGUGUUGUGUUAAGUUUAGUUUAGCUUUUUUUUUUUUUUUCAAAGGAAACAAAACAAAACAAAAAAAAACCACAUCAUUUGACUUGCUUCCCUGUUCUUGAAGAAUACUUGAAUGUCGAGGGGCCUCUUGGGUGGAGCGCUGCGUAGUGCCCCUGCCAUCCCCAGUGUCAUAGGAUUGUCACAGUGUGGUGGCUGACAAGGGUGACACACCCUUUCCAGCUCUCUGCCUGCCUUUAUCUGUAGACCUGCCUUUCCAAAGACGUUGGGGGGCUUCCAGGCCCCUCUAUUUCUUUCCCCUAGCUGACCACAUUUUUGUAAGGACAAACGGACCUUCGCCCUCUACAGAUUCUGGGAGCAGCUUUCUUUUACCCACCCAGAGGCGGGACUGUCACUUCCUUUCCUGUUUCCCACCCCAUUCUGUGGCCUCCAUGCUGUGACCUGAAGGGUGGGUUAGAACCAUUACUGUGAAUGAGUGGACGAUCCUGGCCUAAUGCAGGGGAAGGGGCCAGCCGCUAACAAUGCCCAGACAUUGAAAAAGAAACAUUUUUUAAGUGGGGGAAUACAUCUGAGCACUUUGAAAUUCACUGUACCAGGUGAGCUAACAACACGAAGAUUCUUUUCACCGUCAACGCCAGAAUUUUGUAUUCUGUUUUGUAAAGAUUUAAUAAAAGUCAUGAAAGUC